GUUCGUGAUGCCAAUGAUCUUUUAUCAUGUCCUGCUGAGAACUUUCGGGAAAAUCUCAUCCAUCCCGAUGAGUUGAGCGCACUUUCUAGGCGAGACCAAACUGAGGUGUUAUUUCGCAUUCUAAAGGAAAUGAGAAGAGAGAAGUGUGGCUUUUUCAAGAGCUUAUAUGUAGUUGCGGAUGCACGUUGCCCAGUGAUACGAUUUCGGGCAUAUGACACACAUCUCGUGGAAUUAUCUGUAGACAACAGCAUAGGAUAUCAGAAGUCUGCAUAUUUGGGAGCAUUGGUGCAAGGUGAUCAGUCUGGACUACUUCGCAAAAUAAUCCUAAGCUUACGUCUUUGGGCAAUGUCUAAUGGAGUGUUCAGUUCGGAAAAGAAGAAGAAAUAUGCUAAUGCCAUCAGAGUCGAUUUUGUCAUUCCUCCGUUUACUCUUGCAGAAGUUGACUUACGAAAUCUCUUCAAGAAAUUUUUUGUAUCUUGCGUGGAAAAUCAGCUAGAUAAAUUGGUUUUUUCACCGAGAAGAGGAGCUCUGAUACCUUUGGCUGAGCUGCAAGAGCAAAUGAAUUCCAAGCCAAUAUCCGUGCUCUUCGUGCAGAGUAUUUCCUAUUUAUUUACACGCAUGCCUUCUCCAGGAUCCGAUAGAGCUGACCGAUAA